AUGACUGGAUCUAUGAAUUCGAGACGAUAUUUUCAGGCAGGAUCCAUUUUAGUCAUUGGAAAAGUAUUGGUCACUGGCGGACAUAAUGGUAGUUUCGCUCUAGAUAAUGCUGAACAGUAUGAUCCAUCCACAGGCAGUUGGACAACAACAGGAAGCAUGAGUUUUGCACGAACUUCGCAUAUAACAUCUAUACUACCUAACGGAAAAGUGUUGGUCACUGCUGGACAUGCCAGUAGUGGUCUUAGUCUUGAUAGUGCUGAACUGUUUGAUCCAUCACUCGGUAGUUGGACGACAACAGGAAAUUUGAAUGGUGCACGAUUCGGACACACAGCAUCUAUUUUAUCGAAUGGAAAAGUAUUAGCUACUGGUGGACGUAAUGGUGGUGCUCUGAAUACUGCUGAACUUUAUGAUCUGUCGACUGGUAAUUGGACAACAACCGGAAAUAUGAAUAACGCACGGUAUGACCAUACAGCAUCUAUUUUACCUGAUGGAAAAGUACUAGUUACUGGUGGAUAUGGUAGUGGUUAUCUGAAUAGCUCCGAAGUAUAUGAUUCGUCGACAGGUCUUUGGACCACUACAGGAAAUAUGCAUGCUGUACGAUAUCAGCAUACAGCAUCGACUUUAUUCAAUGGAAAUGUAUUAGUAGCUGGUGGAAAGGAUAGCAGUGGUACUGUUCUAAGUAGUGUUGAACUGUAUGAUCCGUCAACUGGUGUUUGGACAACAACCGGAAAUAUGAAUAACCCACGACUGUGGCAUACAGCAUCCGUUUUAUCAAAUGGAAAGGUGUUGAUUACAGGUGGAUAUAAUGGUUUUAAUUAUCUCAACACCACUGAAUUGUAUGAUUCACUUACAGGCAGUUGGACAACAGCAGGCAGUAUGAAUGUUGUACGAUCGUUGCAUACAGCAUUCGUAUUAUCGAAUGGAAAAGUGUUAAUUGCUGGUGGAUAUGAUGGUACUAAUUAUCUAAACACCGCUGAAUUGUAUUGA